GUUCGUAGAAUUUUCUUUCUGUCAGUUUUGUUUUAUACGACCCACAUAUUAUAAAAAUACUAUUAAAACAUACAAUUUCAGUUUAGAUAUAUAUAUUUUUUUAUAAAAAGGAACGAAAUUCUAAAAAGGCUUGUAAAAGUGCGGAUUAUUCAAUUUGCACGAUUAUUCGAAUUGAACAAAGAAAUUAACAAGUGCGGAAGUAUUUUCAAUAACUUAUAAAACCACAACAACAAAAGUAACAACAAAGCCUUCCACGAGUCAUCGACAUUGAAUAUUAAGAAGAAGCUAUCAUCGAUAGCACAGCCAAAAUAGUGCCAAAUAUAUGUAGAGACGAAAUUGCCAAAAACACACAGACGUCCAUGUUUAUCAAAAAAGUGCAACAAUUUUAACAAGUUCCUACGCAUAAAUCUGCUUUUAUACCUAAAAGAGGGGUGGUGGUGUCCGUUUACAGUUAUGGGAAAUGCAGGCAGCACCAGCAUGCAUCGUGAGCGCCAUAAGUCCAGCGACCUGUCAACACCAAACUCCCCAUUUCGAGAGAUGCCCGGCCGUGGCGAUUCUGUUGCAUCAGCUUCUGGGGUUGGUGCGGUCGGUGGUGUUGGCGGCAGUAGUGUACAAGCUUUUACUUUUGACAAAAACAUUACAAAUGACAAGAACGUGCGUUCAGUCUUGCUCGGCGGUUCCUCGCAAGAAGACGAAGAUCAACCGUAUUAUACGAAGCCCGUCGGUAGCGCAGCUACUACAGACACAACCGUCACACCCACCCCGCGCAAACGCGCUAAUACUGUUUCAGAAGGCAGUUCUACACCGCUACGCAACAAUUCUGGUAGUACUAUGUCUGUGAAGGAAGCAGCAGCUGAUUCCAAUGACGAUAAAGAGGAGAGCUCCACCGAGGAGCUACCUAGGAACUCGGGAUUGCCCACUGUCUUGCGCUGGGAUGGAGGCGGUAAGAAUGUUACAAUUUCGGGCACGUUUUCCAAAUGGAAGCCCUUACCUAUGGCACGUAGUCAUGGAAACUUCGUGGCUAUUAUCGACCUUCCAGAGGGAGACCAUCAAUAUAAAUUCUGUGUAGAUGGCGAAUGGAAGCAUGACCCGAAAUUGAAAAGUAUCGAAAAUGAUGAUGGCAUCAAGAACAAUUUGGUUUCGGUGCGUCAGUCGGACUUCGAAGUGUUUCAGGCACUCGCCAAGGACAGUGAAAAUGCGCCAAAUUAUGCAGAAAGAGAGUACUCACAGGAAGUGCCACAGCCCAAGCCAUGGGAGAAGGUUUCUGGGCCACCAGUGUUGCCCCCACAUCUACUGCAAGUGAUACUUAACAAAGACACACCAUUAUCGUGUGAGCCAACAUUGCUUCCAGAACCUAAUCAUGUUAUGCUUAAUCAUCUGUAUGCGCUCUCUAUCAAAGAUGGUGUUAUGGUGCUGAGUGCAACUCAUCGCUAUCGCAAGAAAUAUGUUACCACUUUGCUUUAUAAGCCCAUAUAAUAUGGUAGAACACGUUUAAUAUAAUAUACGUACGUAGGCAUAGCUAGUGAGACAAUAUUUGGCCAAAGGUGUAUAUUGUUUAAACUAUACUCGUAUAUUGGAGAUCCCAGAUUAGGAGCAUAUUUCAGAGUUAUUUUCAUAUUGCGUACAAAUACUAAUUAUACAAACAUAUAUUCAUCAGCAACAUAGAGACUCUAAAAAACUGAUCGUGGAUUAGGGUAUAACGUGCCUGAUGUAUUACUAAUGUUUUAAAAACGGUUAUUAUGUAUAUGUGUUAGUAUAUUUAAAGAACAUAAAUAUUACUAAGCGCAUAAUUGAUUAUAUAAAAUAUUUUAUUUUGUUUAUACAUA